AUGUCGAAGAAGUGGGCAGACGACGAAAGUGGGGCCUUUAAAAGGCAAGUUUCCUCGUUUCAGGAAACAAUCUCAGCCAGUCAUCCAGUGUUCAAACCUGCAAAAAACAGAUACUGGUUGUACGUCUCAUUGGCCUGUCCUUGGGCUCACAGGACGUUGAUAACAAGAUGCUUGAAGGGUUUGACCUCAGUCAUUGGUGUAAGCGUUGUUCACUGGCAUUUGGACGACAAGGGAUGGAGGUUGCUACCUGGUGAUAAAGCUGCCGACAGCGCAAAGGACCCUAGAUUUUAUCAGCCAGCAGGCGGAAUCAACGGCGCAAGCCGCGAUCAUUCAGGACCCCAUGGCGAGAUCCUGAAUGAGAGCUCAAGAUUGUUUGAAGACGGCUCGUUUGACCCCAUCAACCACUUUGAGCGAUUGAGCCAGCUCUAUUACAAGCAGGACCCAAACUAUUCUGCCAGGUUCACAGUGCCCGUCCUAUGGGAUACGGAAACUCAGAAGAUCGUCUCCAAUGAAAGUGCCCAGAUCAUCAGGACUCUCAACAGCGGUGUGUUCGACGAGUUUGUUGACGAGAAGUUUAGAGGCGUGAACUUGGUACCAUCUGAAUUGGAGGCUGCCAUCGAUGAAUUCAACGGUUGGGUGUACGACAACAUCAACAACGGUGUUUACAAAGCCGGGUUCGCCGAGAAUCCUGUCGUCUAUGAGAAGGAGGUGACCAAUGUCUUCAAGCAUUUGGACAGGGUAGAGGCUAUCUUGAAGGAAAAAUACGAUAACCUUGUGUCCCAGUACGGUCGUGACGACUUGAAGAGUAUUCUAGCAAAAUACUACACCGUGGGAAACCAGUUAACGGAGGCUGAUGUGAGACUCUACACGACCAUCGUCAGAUUUGAUCCAGUCUAUGUGCAGCACUUUAAGUGUAACUUCACCACCAUCAGAGACGGUUAUCCACACAUAAACCUGUGGCUCAAGAACCUGUACUGGAACCACGACGCCUUCAAAUUGACCACUGAUUUCGAUCACAUCAAGCUACACUACACCCGCUCUCAUGUGAGAAUCAAUCCUUUAGGUAUUACGCCCCUAGGUCCAAAGCCCGAUAUCGGAACGUUAUAG